AUGACAGUAAAAUAUCUUCAGUUAAUUCAGUUAUGCAUUGUGGCUUACCUCAGUCUGGCUGCUGAUGCUGAUGAGGACCUCAAAGCAACCCGCAUCAAUGGUGGUCAGAUGAUGAACAAAACGGUUCCUUUUCAAGUGUCGCUCCAAAUGCAUCGACGGGGGGGAUGGCGUCACUUUUGCAGCGGCUCCAUAAUCAGUAAGAUGCAUGUUGUGACUGCGGCGCAUUGUGUGGAGAAGAUGGAGCUGGAGAAGCUGAGUGUUUUGGCUGGCACGCUCAACUGGAAGACGGGUGGGCAACGGCACAAGAUUGUGAGCAAACAUGUGCAUCCGCAAUACGCAAUGAUGCCACGCAUUAUCAAUGACAUUGCGGUGCUAAAGGUGAGUCCACCGUUCGGAUUGCAUCUCGCUGAGAUCAGCACCAUACACUUGGGUGAUGCCGAUCGUGUUGGCGGCAAAACGCCAGUUCGUCUCACUGGCUGGGGAUCGACAACGCCGAACAGCACUGGGGCCAAGGUGCCGGACCGGCUGCAGGUGCUUCACUAUCAGACCAUCUCGAAUGAGGAAUGCGUACAGAAAGGGUUUCGCGUCACACCGAACGAGAUCUGCGCUUUGGCCUCACAUGGCCAAGGCGCCUGCAUGGGUGACUCUGGUGGUCCAUUGAUCUUGUCAAACGGGCGACAGCAGUUGGCUGGCAUCGUGUCCUAUGGUAGCGCCACCUGUGCCCAGGGCAAACCCGAUGUCUAUACGCGAGUCUCCAGUUUUCUGCCCUAUAUAAGCAAAGUCCUUAACCAGGACUUGACCCCACAACCUCAACAAACAGCGCAAAACUAA